UAUCAUAUCAUGAUCUGUUGGGCGGCCUUUCCUUAAAACCCUUUUUGUUGUGUGUUUUUGUUUUUGCCCUCAUAUCCACCGCCGUAAAUCAUCAAGUAACAACAAUGGCUUCAGAAAGGAAGCAAGCGAAUCCAAUGAGAGAAAUUAAGGUUCAAAAACUUGUUCUCAACAUCUCUGUUGGUGAGAGUGGUGAUCGUCUCACCAGAGCUGCCAAGGUUUUGGAGCAACUAAGUGGCCAGUCUCCUGUAUUCUCUAAGGCAAGGUACACUGUGAGGUCAUUCGGGAUUAGGCGUAAUGAGAAGAUUGCAUGCUAUGUGACUGUUAGAGGAGACAAGGCAAUGCAGCUUCUGGAAAGUGGCUUGAAGGUGAAGGAGUACGAGCUUUUGAGACGCAAUUUCAGUGACACUGGCUGCUUUGGAUUUGGUAUUCAGGAACAUAUUGAUCUGGGUAUCAAAUAUGAUCCCUCCACCGGUAUCUAUGGUAUGGACUUUUUUGUGGUUCUUGAACGCCCCGGUUACCGUGUUGGUCGUAGACGCAGGUGCAAGGCACGUGUUGGUAUCCAACACAGGGUUACAAAGGAUGAUGCAAUGAAGUGGUUUCAGGUGAAAUACGAAGGAGUCAUUCUUAACAAAUCUCAACAAAUUGGAGCUUAAGUUAAUCCUUCUUUUUGGUCAGCUGAAGUAACUCUUAAAACUUGUACUGUGCUCUAGUGUGCCAGAUACUCGUAUUAUAUAUUGAUGGUGUUGCUCUUUGUGCUUUUGUUGAGUCCUGCUAGUGAAGUUAUGCAAUUCUAUGAAUUUUAUGAGAUAUGCUUAGCAUCUUUAUUGA